AUGAGGAAUCGCAAACAUUUGUUUCUGUGUCAUUUCAGCCAGAUGGUGGGGGUGGAGUACAUUCUUCUUCACGCUCAGGAGCCAAUCCUUUAUAUCAUCCGGAAACAACAGAGGCAGUCACCAACACAAGACAUUCCCUUGGCUGACUACUACAUCAUAGCAGGAGUGGUGUAUCAGGCCCCCGACCUGGGGACCGUUAUCAGCUCCAGAGCGCUCUCUGCUGUCCAUGGAAUCCAGUCUGCUUUUGAUGAGGCCAUGUCGUACUGCCGCUAUCAUCCAUCCAAGGGAUACUGGUGGCACUUCAAGGAUCAGGAGGAGAGAGAGAAAAAUAAACCCAAGACUAAGAAGAAGGAGGAAGCGAGCUCGCUGUUCCAGAGGCAUCGUGUGGACACGCUGCUGCUGGACCUCAGGUCAAAGUUUCCACCCACGUUCUACCAGCCUAAGCCUGGGGAGAAGCCCAUUCCAGGUAUGAACCUCAACAUUGCUGUAUAUACUCAGAUCACAAAGUGACAUAAGUAUCAGUCUGUGGACAUCAGUGCGUAUCAUUGAAUGCAGGGGCGG